UUAAAUUACUUUGAAAAAAAUUCUCAUGUUCACACACCCAUAAUUGUCUAUAAAUAGCAUACCAUACCAUUGGCUCGUUACUCCAUUAGCUAGUCUUCAAUCCUUCAAACCCCCAAAAGCAAAGGACCAUAAUAUCAAAUCCCCACCACAAGCAAUGGCAUUAACAACAAUUCUGAUCAUUGUUCUUUCCCUAGCCAUCUCAACUCAAUCAAUUCUUAGUAAGUCAUGAAUCACAUGUGUUUUUUGUUACUGCAACAGUCGUAUAUGACACGAGAUUCAUCGAUAUAUAAACAAAUGUUUGUAAUAGUUAUGCAUAAAUAUUUAAAAUAUUCAAAGUAUAAAAUCAAAAUUAUAAAUUCAAAAUGCAACCAGUAUCAUAUAAUACGACUAUCGUGUAGGUAUGGACAUCCUUUGUGAGGACCUCGAUGAGAAAUCAUGUGCGUUCUCUGUGUCGUCAUCCGGCAAGCGAUGCGUGCUUGAGAGUCGCCUGCGCAUGAGUGGGACGACUACUUACACAUGUGGGACCUCCGAGAUCGUGGCUGACAAGAUUAGAAACUUGCUCGAGACCGACGAGUGCAUCAGGUCGUGUGGGGUCGACAGGCAAGCACUUGGCAUAUCGUCCGACUCGCUCCUUGACCGCAGGUUUGCCCAGAGCCUAUGCUCGAGAGCAUGCUAUAACAACUGCCCUAACAUCGUCGAUCUCUACUUCAACCUUGCAGCCGGAGAAGGGGUUUUCCUCCCGAUGUUCUGCGAGAUGCGUCAAUCAGGCGCACGUCGUGGGAUGGUCGAGUCCAUUGGGCUUAAAAGCUCUGGGAAUGUGCCCGGAAAGCAAACACUUGGGCCACAAUCAGCAACAUCUCUUGACGAGGAGGCUUUAAGCCCAGAGUCGGCAUCUCUUAACGAGGAGGCUUUAGGCCCAGAGUCAGCAUCUCUUAACGAGGAGGCUUUUGCUCGGAAAUCAAAUUCUCUAUACUAAGACGAUGACGAGGAAAUCAGCUCCCCGAGCUCAAACUCAAGCCCAAUACCAUUAAAUUUGUGGCACAAAUAAAUAGAAUCACCUGGGGUGGAAUCGGCCCGAAAAAGGCCUUGUAUUAUACAACUAGGAAACUUGGCAAACUGAAAUAAGGAUAUUAAUCCAUGUACUUAUUGUCAUGUUGUUUUUAUUUUUCAGCCAUACUAUUGGAAUGAAUAAAAUACUAAUGUCCUAAUUGUCGGCUCAUACAUAUUUGGACACAAAUUCUUGUAUAAAUUGGCUUAGUCGUUGUGGGUUGACCCGGCGUGUCUUUUUUAUGAAAAUACAUAUUUAUGUUAUUAUAUGUUAUGGUUUUAUUAGUUUUUUUCUGUAGCAUGUAAUUUGAGGUUAAAACCAUGCAUAAUUAUCGGCAGAAUAUAAUUGAGU